UACGAAUUAGUAAAUUAAUUCGAUCUAAACACACUCGGAACUUUCUGGAAACAGUUCUUGUUCUCCCAGCUUUCUCUCUCUCUCUCUCUUUGCAUACAUGGAGUUUUGGGGUGUUGAGGUGAAAAGUGGAGAAUCUCUCAAGGUUGACCCAGGAGAUGAUAAGAUUGUUCACCUUUCAAAUGCAUGCCUGGGGGAUGUGACUAAGGAUAAAGGAGGUGAACCUGUAGCCCUGUAUGUGAAGUUUGGUAACCAGAAGCUUGUACUUGGAACGCUUUCUUCUGAUAAAUUUCCUCAAAUAUCUUAUGAUCUGGUAUUUGAGAAGGAAUUUGAGCUAUCCCAUAACUGGAAAAAUGGAAGUGUCUUCUUUACUGGAUUUAAAGCUGAGUCUCACUUGGAGUCUGAUAAUGAUGAAGAUUCUGAUGAUUUUGAUGAAGAUAUUCCAGUCAGUGCUGCCAAUGGGAAACCUGAGUUUGAGGUAAAGAAUGGUGUCAAAUCUAAUGCAAAUGAAGCUAAACAGAAGGAGAAGAAAGCAGAUCCAAGAAAGGAUGAGAAGGCUAUGGAAAAGGAUGCAAGCGACGAAGAUGAAGAUGAAGAUUCAUCUGAAGCUGAUUCUGAUGAGGAUUCAAGUGAAGACAAGCUCACAGUGAAUGGUGACAUAGAAAGUAGUGAAGGUGAUGAUGAUAGCGAUGAGGAGGAGGAUGAUGAUGAUGAAUCUGAUUAUGAGAAGACACCCAAGAAGAUUGAAGCAAGCAAUAAGAGGGUUAUUGACUCUUCUAAGAAAACACCUGUUCCUGUGAAGAAGACAAAAUUCGUUACUCCUCAGAAGACUGAUGGCAAAAGUGUUGUCCAUGUUGCAACUCCUCACCCUUCUAAGCAGGCUGGUAAAGCAACUGUUAAUAACAAGCAGACUCCAAGGUCAGGUGGAGAUUACACCUGCAAGUCUUGCAACAGGUCAUUUAAGACAGAUGAUGCCUUAAAUUCGCAUAAUAAGGCCAAGCACAGUGCUAAGUGAAGGUUUAGUUUGUGCAUGAACAGUGAUUAUGUUGAUGUUUAUGGUUUUGGAUCAUAGUGAAAAACAUUUUAGUUGAUGUAGGAAAGCUAGUCUAGUGAUUUUCGUAUUCAACUUGAGGGUUUGUGGUAACUGGGCUUUGACCUUGAUCCCAUGUUGGCCUGCUUUCAACUGAGUUCUUGCUAUAUUUGUCUUUGUGAUGACAUGCGUAAAAUACUCCCUGACACUCGUGAAAUAAGUUUUCCUAACAAAGUGAAUUUGGAGUUAAUGUUGCUAAGCCA